AUGGCCACUGUUUCUGGAUUUGGAAUAACACGUUCAUUAAUUCAUGCAUUUGAUCCACAUGGUAAACAUUACACACCAACAAUUAAACCAACAACUGGUUUUUCAGCAUCAGCUGAUGCUGAACGAUUACAUCGGGCUAUGAAAGGUCCAGGCACAGAUGAAACAGCAAUUAUCAACAUAUUGGCACGUAGAACAAAUUAUGAACGUCAAGAAUUAUGUCGAUCAUACAAAAGUUUAUAUAAACAUGAUCUAAAAGACGAUUUGAAAUCGGAGACUAGUGGAGACUUUCGUAAAGUUUUAUGUCAGCUAGUUGUUGAUACACCUUAUAUGUUGGCUAAAUCAUUAUAUUAUGCAAUGAAAGGCUUAGGAACAAAUGAUCGUGUACUUAUUGAAAUAUUUACCACAUUAUGGAAUGAUGAAACAAGAGCUGUAGCUGAUGCUUAUAAACAAGUACUCAAAGACAAAGGAAUUGAAGAAUCAGAACGUUCAUUAGUUACUGAUAUGAAAAAAGAAAUAGGUGGUGAUUAUGAAUAUGCAUUAAUGUGUUUAGUUCAAGCUGAACGUGAUGAGAUACCAGUAUUACAAUUGAAAGCAAUACCUGAAAAAGGUAUCAAUUCAAUCAUUAAUCAUGAAUUAGCUGAAGCUGAUGCUAAAGAUCUAUAUGCUUCAGGAGUUGGUAUUGCAAAACCUUCGUUCACACGUGCUACUACAAUUAAUGAAGGAACUGAUGAACAUCGUAUCAUUAAUGUUUUGGGUUAUCGUAAUUCUAUUCAACGAAUUCAAAUACGAGAAACGUUUAAAGCAAUGUAUGGAAAGGAUUUAAUAGAUGAAUUGUCUAGUGAAACAAGCGGUCAUUUUAAAAAACUACUUAAAAUGUUAUUAACUGAUAUAGAUAUAGUGAAUGCACGUGCAUUAUAUAAAGCAAUUAAUGGUGCAGGUACUGAUGAAGAAACAAUUAUUGAAGUUUUAUGUACAUCAACUAAUACUGAAAUUGAAAAUAUUAAACAAGCUUAUCAAUAUGUCCUAAAGGCUUAUGGAGUCAGCGAUCCUAGAAGAACUUUAGAAAGUGAUGUUCAAAAUGAUUUAAGUGGACAUUUUCAAAAUCUAGUCGUUGCAUUACUUCAAGCUAGUCGUGAUGAAAUUUCAUAUGAAGAUGUUGAAAAAAUUAGUACAAAAGGAUUGAAAAGUGUAGUGAAUAUGAAUCAAGUUGAACAAGAUGUUGAAACAUUAUGGGAUGCUGGUGAAGCACAUCUAGGAACUGAUGAAUCUGCUAUCAUUCGAAUUGUAACCGGUCGAAAUGUUUGGCAUUUACAAGAGGUUGCUCGUCUGUUUGAAAAGAAAUAUGAUAAAACAUUGGUUGAUUCAUUAGCGUCUGAAACAUCUGGAGAUUUUGAAAGUGCUCUUUUAUUAACCUUAAAUACUUGUUUAAAUCGUCCAAAAGCUUAUUCUGAUUUAUUGCUGAAAGCAAUGAAAGGUGCCGGUACCGAUGAUUGUACACUAAUGCGUAUUAUUGUGACAAGAAGUGAGUUUGAUUUAGGAAGUAUUUGUUCACAAUUUCAUAAUGAUCAAGGUAGUUCACUUGAAGAUUGGAUACGUAGUGAAACAUCUGGUGAUUAUAGACGACUUCUAUUAGCAUUACUUGGUGCUGAUUGGCAAUAGAUAUGAAUUAUAUAAAUCUUUAUUAAAACAAAACAAAAUUAAUUAAACAUAAUUAAUUUUGUUUAAAUAAGUUAUUAACAGAUUCAAUGUUCAAGAAAUGCUUUGUCAUUUGUUCAUGUAAUCGAUUUUGUUGUUGUUGUUGCUAUGUUUGAAUUGUUUCAUUUAAUGCUAUUUAUUUCAUCCUUU